UGGCAGUGAUGUGUAACCACAACCUGGGCUCUCCUCUCUUGGCCUUUGCCUCUGAAGAAAAUAAGAAAUGGAGCAAAGCUGUCUGGUGUCUCAUCAGCCUCACCCUUCUCACCCUCAUAAACCAGGGUGAUGAAGUUUCAGUACUUUUUUAUACACAGACCCAGUGAAGUGUAUUGUUUUUUGUUUUGUUUUUUCGUUUCCUUGAUGAAUUUUCUGGAGAAACGCAAAAUGAUGAGUCGAAUAUACAAUUAUUAUGACUGUUCCAAAGCAAAUCCACACCACACAUGGUGUCUAUUUGUCCCCCAAAAUAUCUUGGAUCAAUCUUGAAUAAGGGGUUCUUUUGUGACUGCUGCUCUUGUCCUAAUUCAUUUUAUCUUAUUCCAUAUUUUGCUUCUUUUUUUCCUCAGUUGUGGUUCUUCUAGUGCCUGGAAGCAACAUAAGUCUAUGGGUACAGAGAGAUGGAAACAAGUAUAAUAGCUGGACUCAAGUAAAUGAUGCUGAUAUUAUCGAGUCACAGCUAGGUGUUGUUGCAGCUGAUGAUGGCCGUUGUUCUGAAGUUGGAGCUUCAUUCCUUAGGCAAAACGGCCAUGCCGUUGAUGCAGCAGUGGCCACCGCAUUGUGCCUUGGUGUGGUUAAUCAGGUGUCCAGUGGGAUCGGAGGAGGUGGUUUCAUGGUCCUCCGAUCUUCCUCAACCCUGCAAACACAAGCUUUUGACUUCAGGGAAACUGCUCCUUUGGCUGCUACAGAGAAUAUGUAUGCAAAUGCUCCCGAUGCCAAGCUUUACGGUCCACUGUCUAUGGGAGUUCCUGGUGAGAUUGCUGGCCUACACAAAGCCUGGUCGGAGCAUGGGCGUUUAGCAUGGAAGAUUUUGUUCCAACCUGCUAUAAAACUUGCUAAAGAUGGAUUUAAAGUUACUCCUUUACUUGGAGGAAACAUAUUUAGGCACUCGCAGAUGAUAUUGAACGAUCCUGGACUGAGACAAGUUUAUGCUCCUAAUGGGAAGUUGUUAAAAGUUGGUGACACAUGCUACAAUGAGGAACUUGGCCGUACUUUAGAGGAAAUUGCAGAGCUAGGGCCACAAGCUUUCUAUAAUGGUUCUAUUGGUGAGAAACUAGUCAAAGAUGUGAGAGAGGCUGGUGGAAUUUUGUCAAUGGAGGAUUUGAGAAACUACAAGGUGGACACCAUGGAUGCCAUGGCUGCAAAUGUAAUGGGCUACACUGUAUAUGGGAUGCCACCACCUUCCAGUGGAACUCUCGGGCUUUCUCUGAUUCUGAACGUCCUUGAUAGUUAUGGAAGCUCUGAUGCUGCAAAGGGCGAUCUUGGCGUGCAUCGGCUGAUUGAAUCACUAAAACACAUGUUUGCCAUCCGAAUGAACUUGGGAGACCCUGAAUUUGUAAAUAUUAGUAAAUAUGAAAAUGAAAUGCUUUCACCUGAUUUUGCUAAGCAAAUUAGGGAAAGAAUAUUUGACAACACUACUUUUCCUCCAGGUUAUUAUAUGAAUAGGUGGAGUCAGCUAAGAGAUCAUGGAACCAGCCAUUUCUGCGUAGUAGAUACGGAUCGAAACGCAGUGUCAAUGACAACAACUGUAAAUUAUCCAUUUGGAGGUGGGGUUCUCUCCCCUUCCACUGGAAUUGUGCUCAACGAUGAGAUGGGGGAUUUCUCAACACCUACGGAAAUAACCCCAGACCAACUCCCUCCUGCUCCUGCAAACUUUAUCAGACCCAACAAGAGACCUUUAUCUUCCAUGACCCCAAUUGUUGUCACUAAGGAUAAUCAAGUAGUUGGGGUCCUUGGUGGCAGUGGGGGUAUGAAUAUUAUCCCCGCUGUUGCCCAGGUUUUUCUCAACUAUUUUGUUUUGGGAAUGGAGCCGUUGGCUGCAGUUCAGAGUCCAAGGAUCUAUCAUAAGUUAAUUCCUAACAUGGUCUCCUAUGAGAACUGGACUGUGAUAUGUGGCAAUCACAUUGAGCUUUCAGAAAGAACCAAGCUGUUCUUGCAAGAAAGAGGUCAUCAAGUAGAGCCUAAGGCAGGGGGUGCCAUCACUCAGCUUGUUGUUCAAACACUACAAAACCCAAUUGCCAUGGGUCGGAAAAAUGGAAAAUUUCCUAAUGCACAGCCACGCCAUGGUACACUCGUUGCUGUUAGUGACCCCAGAAAAGAUGGAAGGCCUGCUGCCUGUUGACAUUUUAACGGCUGAAACAUCAUAAAGUGGAACCAAUUUUUGGCUGAUUAAGCUUUAUACCGAUUUGUACCAAAAUGUUCCAUAAUAUGCACAUAUCAAUUGAUAUUUUCCAAUAUCGUCAAAUGCCUACAGGGAUAUUGAUUAAAUAAAACGUUUACCGGAGGUGUUUAUAAAGAACAGGGGAAAAUCAAUAAGAUGACUUGUAAAUUUUUAGUGUCA